GAAAUCAUUGUUGAAUAUUGUGAUCAUCAUUGAUGACGUGCACGGAAUCAAUCGUGCUGAAACGGGGGAGGGGGUAAAGAGGCGGUGCUGCAUUAGUUUCAGCACGGAAUCAGGUUGCGCCUUUUUACGACCUAAAUUUCUCGUGCUCCGUCUGUUAAAUAAUUUGAAAGGAAAAAUGUUAUUUCAAAAGAUGUAGUUUCCGGCUAUGUGUUCUAGUUUUGAUAUUGUUUUUAGACGGGCACAAUUCACGUAAAUUCAAGCAAGAUUGUCUUAUGUUAUAUACUUUAAUUCAUGCUUGUUUUGUAUGAGUUAAACUUUCACAAGACUAUAAAUUCGGUGCUCUGUAAAAUGAAAUUUUGAUACCUACGUCGAACACUCCGAACUCUACACAAUUUUUGUUUGGCUCCUCGUAGUUUCCCCAACUGAGAGACGGAGCCUAAGUUCAGUUGGGGAAACUAUGAGGAGCCAAACAAAAAUUGGAUCAGCCAAUCAACGGCUAGAGUGGGUGGAGUGAUGACCAUGUAUGGUCAUAAAAUCUGACAGCAUCAUCUUUUCAAUGCAUCCUAGCAUUCAAAUCCUAGCCAUUCGGAUAAUUUAAUCGGAGUUAACUGAAAAAAGCAGCUCGACAACUUCGAUUGACAUUCAAUUUGAGGAGGGGAUAAUCCCCCCAACCUCACUCCAGGGAGGGACGGCAUCCCCCCCAUCCCCCCUCGUGGCGACGCCCAUGUCAGCAACCUACCUGGCUGCAUAGAGAGUGCAUGCAAGCUCCUCACUGAUGAUGCGAAGGUGUACGUCGGAGUCGGCACCGAGAUCAGCUGCAGGAAGCUCCAGCAGGAUUUGGGCGCCCUGGCGGCCUGGUCUCACAAGUGGAAGCUGCCAUUCAACCCAUCCAAGUCCACAGUGCUUCACCUGGGCAGCCAAAACUUUCUCUGGAGCGCGUCUGUGACUGCUACUUCUCACCGCAGCCAGCUGAAGAGCGUCCAACAUGUGGUCCGACUGGAGGGUGAUGGUGUCGGCACACCACGUGCUGAACGUGCUGCUCGCAUGCUCCUUCCUCGUCUUCAAGCUGACACCGGUGGUGUGCGAGUACGUGUUCCACGGACCAGAGCCCUGCGAGCUCUCUGAUAACGAAAGCAAACUGCUGUUCUUCGUGGCAGUAGUGAUCUGGGCCAAGACGAAGAAGACUGGGCAGCGCGGCCUCCUGCCCUACCUGAGCACCACCUACACCUACAUGAAGCUACUCAACCUGGUGCUCUGGUUCUACUCUGACCCUGUGAAGGGCAUCAUCUACCUGGUGCUGGCCACUAUGGCGUACGUGUGGUUCCCGGAGCCGGUAUCUUCAGCGCCGGAGAAGGUCACCUACUUCUCCUACCAGGAGCUGGAGGAGCAGCUCACCACGCAGCGCAACACCACCUUCUUCGUCUGCUUCUUCGCCACCUGGUUCCCGUCGUCGGUCAACUUUGCCAACGUGUUCUCGCGUCUAUCGGGAUCGUACGCGCUGGAUAACCUCGUAUUCGGUAAGGUGGACGUCACGCGACACCCGGACGCCGCCCAGAAGUACCGCAUCAGCACGUCCAGCUUCAGCCGCCAGCUGCCGACCGUGGUGCUGUUCGAUGGGGGCCAGGAGGUCACCCGGCGACCCGGCUUUGACGAGAAGGGUCGCCUGGUGCCCUUCACCUUCACACAGGAUAACGUGGUGGCGGCCUUCGACCUCAACAACGUCUACCAGAAGUGCAAGGACGAGCUACCGCGCUUCCGCAAAAUCGAGGCCAAGAAGACCAAGUAGCGGCCCACCUCCGUGCUUUCUGUGAAGCUCAUUUGUGCGCGUGUGCAUGCUGCGUGCCUGGCCACGCAAGUUGCUGUUUGUAUGAGCUUGCGUGCGACGCGUGUUGAGGCGCAAGAUAUCCCAGUAUGUGCCAUAGGGUAGGUAUGUCUCAUGCUGGCGUCGCUGUAGUUUGUGCAAUAGGGACGAUGUCUGGGAGCUCUGGGAUCGCUGCUGUUCUCUGUGCUGUUCUGCGCACGUCACUCCAUCCGAUCCCAUGGUGGCGUGGUCCUCCGAUGACGUCACCGCGGCUCCGCUGAACGUCCUUCGGCCCGCUGUGGUCUGACAGUGAGGACAUGAACUGUGAAUCUCGGUUCGGCUGCGCGCCGGUCACCAUAAUUCAGUGUUGCCAUCAUGUUCUGUACCGUGUUUCAGUUCAUUAGAGAUGAGCUUCAUGCCCAGAGAACGACAUGUUGUGUAGUUGGUGCGAGCUGCUGCGCUGGUCUCAAAUACAUUGGCAGGUACGGUC